AAAAUAAUUAACAGUAAGAACAAAAAUAAUGAGUAUCACAAAAAAUUUUGUUAUCUUUUUUCUUGUAGUGAUCUUGACAAAUUCAUUGUCCAACUCUGGCGUCUUGGCUUCAUCAGUGAUUGAAGCAUCAAACUAUGAUUCGUGCACUAGACCAUGUACAAAAAUGUAUGGAAACUAUGAAUGCCGGUAUGACUGUACCUUCAUGAAGUACAAGGAUGGACAGUGUGUUGCUGGACGAUGUUGUUGCAAACAUUUUGAUAGAUAAUCAAUCAGCGAUUUGAGCGGUUGAAUUAUAUAUAUCUGUUAUCAGAUUUAUG